CUGCAGUAAGUAGCAAGAGACCAUGAAAUCAGAGGGGAGGAGGGGAUUUGGGGGGGGUGGGGGGGACAUGGCUUUCCAGUGCAGUGGUUGCAAAAAGGAAAAUUGUGGGAGGGGGAAUCUCACUUUUUUCCCCCCCCCCAAUCUAGAGCGUAUGGGCGGGGACACAACCCCCUCUGCUGCAGCAGGGCAGCCGCCUAGCCCACCAUGGGAGCCAGGGGGCUUCCACUCCGGGCCCCUCUCCUUUCCCCCUCCCCUCCGGCGGGGAGGGGCCCGCCCGCGGCCCCGCCCCUUCACUUCCCGACGUUCUAAAAACUGUUACCAGGGGCCCCGGCGCUGUCAGUGCGGCCGGGAGCGCGGGGCAAAGCGGCCGCUGGCUGGGGUCGGUGCUGCCUGCUCGCCCCGCUCCCCGGCUGGGAGCGCCCCCGCCUUGCCGCCGGCUCCCGCCCCUGCGAGCCGUGUCCCGGCUGCAGCCCCCCCCCCCAGUUCUCCCAGCGUCCCCCCGGGAUCCAGGCCCAUGGAGCUGCUGUGCGCGGAGGGCCCCCCGCGUGUGCCCAGGGCGGAGCGGGACCUCCAGCUGCUGCGGGACCGGCGGGUGCUGCAGAACCUGCUGAGCCAGGAGGAGCGCUAUAGCCCCCGGGUCUCCUACUUCCACUGCGUGCAGAAGGAGAUCAAGCCGUACAUGCGGAAGAUGCUGGCUUUUUGGAUGCUGGAGGUGUGUGAGGAGCAGAAGUGCGAAGAGGAGGUCUUCCCCUUGGCCAUGAACUACGUGGAUCGCUACCUGUCUUCGGUCCCUACUCGAAAAAGUCACUUGCAGCUUCUGGGGGCUGUCUGCAUGCUCCUGGCUUCCAAGCUGCGAGAGACCAUGCCCCUGACUGUGGAGAAACUCUGCAUUUACACAGACAAUUCCAUCACACCACAGCAACUCUUGGACUGUGAGGUUCUCGUCCUUGAGAAGCUAAAGUGGGACCUGGUGUCGGUGAUAGCGAAUGACUUCUUGGUUCACAUCCUCCAUCGGCUCCCGCUGCCCAGGGAAAAGGUAGAGCUGGUGAAGAAGCACGCACAGACCUUCAUCGCCUUGUGUGCCACAGAUUACACCUUUGCUAUGUACCCUCCGUCCAUGAUUGCAACGGGCAGCAUUGGCGCAGCGAUUCACGGCCUGUCUGUCUCGGCUAACUCUUUCUCCGGCGAGGCACUCACGGAGCUGCUGGCCAGCAUUACUGGCACAGAGGUGGAUUGCCUGAAAGCGUGUCAGGAGCAGAUUGAGGCAGCCUUAGCCGAGAGCCUGAAACAGGCUUCCCAACCCCAGCAGGAAUACAGCUCCAGCAAGACUCCAGACUACCCGGCCAACCAGGACGUCAGCAUGACCAGCACGCCUACAGACGUCACAGACAUCAACCUGUGAUGAACCCCCCUUCCCCAUAGUCACCCAGCCCCAUGAGAACAGGACCUCACACUGGAAGGGGAGAGACCUUGUGGAACCUGCUGCCCACUAAUUCUGUCCGUCUGAAACACACCAGGGACUCGGUCCACUCACCUGAGAGGCAGCAAGGACCCAUCAGCUGUCCACCCAUCAGCCCAGUAACAUCAGAGGUGGGGGUGAGAGGAUAGGUGGUGAUGACCUCUCAAGAGGAGGCUCAAGCAGGUCGGCAUCUGGCAGUAGUUUGCUGUCCACACUGUUAACCUGCCUCACCAGAUGGGGGAGGGGACUUUUUGUGGUGGGCAGGGGUUAAAAUAUAUCUGGGGAGGGGGUGAAAGAGCCUAAUUUCAGUUUUAAAGAGUUUUUCAGUUUGUUUGUCUGAAACAUAGUUGGUGCACCAUUGCCGUUUGCUGUCUCCUAGGGAACCUUGGCCUCAACCUCAGUCCCUAGUACAACAUGGUGGCUUGGUUUGGGGCUGAGAAGAUGGGUUGAGGGGGAGCCACAUGGAGGAAAAGAAGAGGAGUGGGUGAAUCCAUCUCCUCACUGCUCAACACCAGGCUGGUUGGGUUUCUCCUCCUGGCAGGGAAUAGCAGGGUUGCUUCUGUCAUUGUUAACAGGGAGAAAAAGGGUCUGGCUUUUUGUUUUUUGUGCUUGCUUUGUGCAAGUGCUCCCUGAUUUGGGGAUAAGUCUUAAGAGCUGGUACCUGGGAAGAAGGAGACCUUUAGUGUGAGGCUCACUGGGUGCAGGAUUGGAAUUGUACUCACUGCACGUGAACUACCUUAAACCACCUUUGCUUUCCGCCAUUCUCCCAAGAGGUGUUAACCAAUUGCUUAGACAGAGGAAGAAGAAAUGGAAGAUGAUUUGCAACUUCCUGGCAGGAAACUGAGGUGUAUUCCCCCCCGCCUUCCCAAACAGUGCCUUUAGCAUCCUUCCACAUACCUCCAUCAAUUCGCUGUGCCACCAGGGCUCCCACGGGGAGAUGAGUUAGUUCAGACACCACUCUUAUUUUUAAGUAUAUACUGAAUGUGCUGCUAUAGUCCUAAAUUUCUAUGAACUCCUCCAGAAGGUCUCAAAUCCAACUGGAAAAAUAAAAAGCAGGAGGGUGAGGGCAAGAGAGGGGGCAAAUACAGAGUGUUUUUAUAGAUCACACACACACACCACACACACAAAAUAGGCCAUCAAUACUUCCAAGCACUUAUGGACGGAGAAAAGAUUUUUGUUGUUGUUGUUGUUCCUGUUUUAGUUUUUUAAAAAGUUU